CCGCCUUGUUCAUACAGCAUUGAUGCAAAGGAGAUGCAAAGGAAAUUAAUGUAGUCGCACGUCCACUCAUUCAUGAUCAUAUAUUCAUUUCCUAAUGGACUGAUCCUAGUCUAUAUGAGCAAUUCGAAUGGUCAUUCCGCCUUUCCAUAUCAUAACCAAAACCCCUAUAAGCGAGAAGUAGUCAAAAGCCCCCCCUUGUCCGGACCUGCCAUCCCAAAUCACGGACGGAACACCGAGAUAAACCAGACGCCAUGCUUGCUCUUGCAGAACCAGGGUGCGGGCAAUGGAACGGGGUAUGAACGAUGGAGCUGAUGGUGAAGAUCAUCCAGACCGAAGAAGACUCGCGGAUCGUCCGGACGUCUCCUCGUAACCAAGGGAUGUUCACGUCGGAUAUCGGGAUGAUGGAUCUAUGCAUAGUGCGCGCUGCAAACUCGAGGAGGGCGGCGUUCAAUCCUCCCAACUCUUCUCCAC